CAUGGAGCAAAGCUUUCAGAAGGCGCUCCGCCAUCUGAAGCGGAUUCGGGACCGGUUCCCGGACUUUCUGGAAAAGGGUGGCCCCCUGGUGACUCUGAUGAUCGUCGAAGAGAAGGGUCGCCUGCAGCGCAUUCCGGAAGUGGGCAAGUCCAACGAGAAGGCCGUCGAGUAUCGGAACGCGGGCAAUGGCCUGUACGCCGAGGGUAAAUACGAGCAAGCGUUGGAGUGCUACAACAAGAGUUUGGCUUUUGCGGAACCGGACACGGACCAGCUGGGGAUGGCGUACGCCAAUCGAUCGGCCGUUCAGCUCAAGCAGGGCGAGUACGAGUUUGCACUGUACAACAUCGAUCUGGCCAAGAAGCACAACUAUCCGGAAGAGUUGAUGCCGAAGCUGCUGGAACGGGAGUCCGAGUGCAAGCAGCAAAUUGUCAGAGGAAACUCGAAGGGUACGGUUCCAUGUCCCCGGAUGGGCAUAAACGUGGACACGAACCCCAAGAUUCCCUUUCUGGCCAGAGGGAUCGCCAUGAGCCAUGACGCAAAGUUUGGCCGGGGAUUGAUCGCCGAAAGGGACUUCAACCGGAGACAUCAUCUGCGAUGAAAAGUGCGAA